GGGGGGAAGGGCCUCCGCUGGUUGGAUCCGAGAACAGACCAAGUUACGUAGUCUUGGCUCACCGCUGCCUGCCUCUCUCUAUGGACGGCUGGAGGGGAGAGGGGGGUAUUGCUGGGAUCGUAGCUGUUGUCGUCGGCUUCGUGGUGCCUUCAGAGGGCCUGGUGAUGAUUUAAUUCACGGGAAACCCGGGUCCGCAGCGUGGAAAAGGAGCAGGAGAAAGAAGGACGAGGGGAGUCGCGCUCGAGGAGAAAUGAGGAGCAGCCGUUAGAGAUGUGCGGUCGGGCCGAGAUUGCUGCGGUAACCCUGUCUAGGCCUGGACCAAGCAGAUUGUUCUGAGAGGAAACGGAUAACAAACGGGGGAAGUGAACAUGGCUGGGACCUCUGGCUUCUUGUCCAACGGACCUGUUCCGUGGAUGGACGACACGGAGAUGAACAACCUGUACCGAGACCUGGAGCUGGGCACAGUAAUGACUCUGUUUUACUCAAAGAAGUCCCAGAGGCCGGAGAGACGGACUUUUCAAGUAAAACUGGAGACGCGGACUAUUAUCUGGACGCGAAGCACUGACAAAAUUGAAGGAGAGAUUGACAUUCGAGAGAUCAAAGAGAUCCGUCCUGGUCAGAAGUCCCGGGACUUUGAGCGCUAUGUCGAGGACUCAGCAGUACGGCUCGACAACUUCUGCUUUGUUAUUCUCUACGGCACGGAGUUUCGCCUUAAAUCCCUCAGCUUGGCAGCAACAUCUGAUGAGGAGAUGUCCAUGUGGGUGAAGGGGUUAAAGUGGCUCAGGGACGAUACAUUGAAAUCACCAACACCAUUACAAAUAGAAAGGUGGUUACGCAAGCAGUUCUAUGCUGCUGAUCGCAACAGAGAAGACAGGAUAUCCUAUAAGGAUCUGAAGAACAUGCUGAGCCAGGUCAACUACAAGGUGCCAAACAUGAGGUUCAUCAAAGACAAACUUCCGGACUCUGAAACCAGGAAUGGAGACGUGACCUUUAGCCAGUUCGCCCAGCUUUAUCGUAACCUCAUGUUCGAUACGCAGAAAAAUGUGGAGAUCCCUUUUAUGCAAAGGUUCAUGGGUAACGUAGUUGAUGAAAGGAUCACCCUGGAGGAUUUCCAGAGCUUCCUCAUCGAAUACCAGAAGGAACUAUGGGCCUCAGACAACAACAAGGUUCAGGAGUUUAUGUUCAGCUAUCUGAAAGACCCCCUAAGGGAAGUGGAGGAUCCAUAUUUCCAUCCAGAGGAGUUCCUCACAUACCUCUUCUCCAAAGAGAACACCAUCUGGGAUUCUUCCCUGGACAUGGUGUGUGCUGAAAACAUGAACAACCCCUUGUCCCACUACUGGAUCUCCUCUUCACACAACACCUACCUGACGGGAGACCAGUUUGCCAGCGAGUCGUCCUUGGAGGCGUACGCUCGCUGUCUGAGAAUGGGAUGUCGCUGCAUCGAAUUGGAUUGCUGGGAUGGUCCUGACUCGAUGCCAGUUAUUUACCACGGACACACCCUCACGACGAAAAUCAAGUUCAACGAUGUUCUGAACACCAUCAAAGACCACGCUUUUGUCACAUCCGAGUAUCCCAUCAUCCUGUCCAUUGAGGAUCACUGUAGCAUUGUUCAGCAGAGGAAUAUGGCCACCCAGUUCAAGAAAGUGUUUGGAGACAUGCUGCUGACCAAAGCCGUAGAUAUGGCUGCAGACGGCCUGCCUUCACCCAACCAGCUCAAAAAGAAGAUUCUCAUUAAGCAUAAGAAGCUGGCAGAGGGCAGUGCCUACGAGGAGGUGCCGACAGCCACACCUUAUUCCGAGAAUGAUAUCAGCAACUCCAUCAAAAACGGCAUCCUUUACCUGGAAGAUCCCAUUAACCAUGAUUGGUACCCUCAUUUCUUUGUCCUGACUCACAAUAAGAUCUACUAUUCAGAGGAGACCACCAAUAACCUGGGUAAUGACGAGGAUGAGGAGCUUAAGGAGGUGCUCAAUACUAUGGACCAGCAUGUGACGGAGAAAUGGUUUCAUGGAAAGCUUGGCGCCGGGCGGGACGGACGGCAGAUCGCUGAGAGGCUCCUGUCAGAUUACUGCCAAGAGACCGGAGCUCCUGACGGCUCCUUCUUGGUCCGGGAGAGCGAAACCUUUGUAGGAGACUACACACUGUCGUUCUGGCGGUUGGGGCGUGUGCAGCACUGCCGGAUCCACUCUCGCCAAGAAGCUGGCAGCCCCAAGUUCUACCUGACGGAUAACCUGGUGUUCGACUCGCUCUUUGCUCUGAUCACCCACUACCAGCAUGUGGCGCUACGCUGCAACGAGUUUGAGAUGAAGCUGACCGAGCCAGUGCCUCAGACCAACGCUCAUGAGAGCAAGGAAUGGUACCACGCCAACCUUUCAAGGAGCCAGGCAGAGAACAUGCUGAUGAGGGUUCCUCGUGAUGGGGCUUUCCUAGUCAGGAAAAGGACAGAGCCCAACUCUUUUGCCAUUUCAUUCAGGGCCGAGGGUAAGAUCAAGCACUGCAGAGUGCUGCAGGAAGGUCAGGUUGUGUUACUUGGCACUUCAGAGUUCGACAGCCUCGUCGAUCUCAUCAGUUAUCAUGAAAAGCACCCUCUGUAUCGGAAAAUGAAGCUACGCUACCCCAUCAACGAUGACACAUUGGAGAAGAUAGGCACUGCCGAGCCAGACUAUGGGUCGCUGUAUGAGGGCAGGAAUCCAGGCUUUUACGUGGAGGCCAAUCAAAUGCCAACUUUGAAGUGUACAGUCAAAGCCAUGUACGAGUAUAAAGCUCAGAGAGACGACGAGCUCUCCUUCUCCAAGAACGCCGUCAUCACCAACGUAGACAAACAGGAAGGUGGAUGGUGGAAAGGUGACUGUGCAGGGAAGAAGCAGAUGUGGUUCCCUGCAAACUAUGUUGAGGAGAUCAGCCAAGCGGCAGCAGAGCCAGACAGAACUGAGAUUACAGAAAACAGCCCUCUCGGAGAUCUGCUGAGAGGAAGUGUGGACGUAACUUCCUGCCAGAUUAUCACGCGCACUGAAGGGAAGGGCAGCAGACCGUUCGUCUUCUCUCUGGUUCAGAACAACACAGUGCAGGGAACUUUGCUGGACGUCGCUGCCAACAGCGCAGAGGAACUUCAAGACUGGAAGACAAAAAUCCAGGAAGUUGCUGCAACUUCUGAGGCCAAGCUGGAAGAAGGCAAGAUAAUGGAGAGGAGGAAGAAGAUUGCGUUGGAACUAUCAGAUUUGGUCAUCUACUGCAGGCCGGUCCCGUUUGAUGAAGAAAAGAUUGGCACAGAGCGGGCCUGUUUCCAGGACAUGUCGUCCUUUCCCGAGACCAAAGCGGAGAAGUACGUCAACAAAACCAAGGGGAAGAAGUUCCUGCAGUACAACCGGCUGCAGCUGUCCAGAAUCUACCCCAGAGGCCAGCGGCUCGACUCCUCCAACUACGACCCGUUCCCCAUGUGGCUCUGCGGCUCCCAGCUGGUCGCGCUCAACUUUCAGACUGCUGACAAGCCGAUGCAGAUGAACCAGGCGCUGUUCAUGCUGAAUGGAAGGAGCGGAUAUGUCCUCCAGCCUCCCAUCAUGAGAGACGACACCUUUGAUCCCUUCGACAAAAACACACUACGUGGUGUAGACCAAGUCUCAAUGAAAAUAGAGGUUUUGGGCGCUCGGCACCUCCCGAAGCACGGCAGAGGCAUCGUCUCUCCUCUCAUCGAGAUCGAGGUGUGUGGGGCGGACUACGACAACGACAAGCAGAAAACAGAAAACGCAGCUGACAACGGCCUGAACCCGACCUGGCCCAGGAAGUCCUUCUCCUUCACGGUCUGCAACUCUGCCUUUGCUUUCCUGCGCUUCGGGGUUUAUGAAAUCGACAUGUUCAACGACCAAAACUUUCUGGCUCAGGCGACAUUCCCCAUUCAGAGCCUCAAGACAGGCUACAGGUCGGUACCGCUGAAGAACAGCUACAGUGAAGAUCUGGAGUUGGCUUCUCUGUUGGUCCACAUGGAAAUCACCAGAGGAAGGGAUGAGAACGGCGAAGUCCUGAGCCCGUUCUCCGCAGCGGGGAGCGUGUCGGCGCCGGCGUCGGCGCAGGUGGGGCGAGAGAUGGGCUCCGUGUCCUCGACGUCGUCCACCGUGUCCCCGCUGCCCCAGUCGCCCGCUCAGGCCACGUCCUACAGAGGGAGGGAGGGCUCGUUCGAAUCCCGCUACCAGUCACCCAUCGACGACUUCCGGGUGUCCCAGGAGGCCCUGCUGGACCAGAUGGACCCCCAGAACCGAAGGAUGUUGCGGAGGACCAGUCGCCUCUCCCAGUACUGAUGAUGUCACUGACUGCUGUGAUUGCUGUUUCCAUGGAAACGCCCACCACCGCUUUGGCCUACAUUUCAGGCAGCUUUCCCUCCUACAGACCCCCCCCCCCCCUCCCCAUCACCGCCUCUGUGUCCAACCGAGGAGGAGGGAAAGGUUGCUGCGGGGCGGAAGGGCGCCGACAGGAAGCAGACGGCGGCAGACAGGAAGAAGAAACCGGAAGGCUGGAGACGUCCUGGACUGUGAUUUCCACUGUUGUUGUCGUCGUUGUGACAACAGCUGCUUAGUUUGGAGACCAAACGGAAGGAAAGGGACAGAGCCGGUUCCAGUUCUGGUUCCGGUUCUGGUUCCGGUCCCUCCUCUCUCUCUGCUGUUUGGACAGAUAUUUAUUCCUGCUGCGACGUCGGCCGAAGAGCAGCAGCGGCAGCCGGCCUGCUCUCAAAGAGCUCCUGUCUCCAUGUUUUUAAAUAUUCCAGUUAUUUAAACCUUUAAACGUUCAUCAUGUGACUUCAUGUCGGCGUGAACCAUGAGGGCUUUCUGCGGCUACGUUUAACCUCGCUCUGCUUCGUGACAGACAUUACGUGCCUCCGCUCUGACUCUGACUUACAGCCUGGACUGAAAUCUCAGAGGCGUUUCUGGUUUUAUUGUCAUCAUUAUAAUUAUUGAAGCCGGGGAGGAAGAGGUCAUGGCCUGAUUUUGCGUUCCAAGGAGCAUCGCGUUUCUCACUUACAUUCCAACGAAGCGAAAGCUGCACAUCAUUCCAUGGUCUUGCUUUGCUAACCACCUCCACUGACCCUACUGGCACCUCGGCGGUGCAGCCAUGGAGGUCGGGCCUGGACUCUGAUGGUGACUGAUUGUUGUUUCUGUUUGCACCCAGUACCAUCAUGUUCUUAUCCACAUCAGUGUCUUAAAACACACCCUUGUUAAACGAUACAUGUUUCAGAUGCUCUAAAUUCAUCUAAGAAAUGCCAGAGAACUGGAAUUGCCUGUUUUAUAAGCGUCCUCACCAUUCAGCUUUUUAGUUUUUAGAGAGUAUGUCGCAUAUUUGGCCUCUACUUUUCAAAAUGGCCUCCAAACGCAUCAUCCCGCGGGUUGAGCCAAAAACGUUUUCUCUAAAACGUUUUAAUGCCUAAAAUUGAGAUUUUUAGAUAGAAGACGUUUGCAGGCUGAGUUGCUCCAGUUGAACGUCUGCAGUCGUCAGGAAAUGCCUCCACUGGUCAUUUGUAGGAUGUCUAAACUUAUGCAAUGAGGUUCAAGCUGGUUUGUUUAUGUUUAAGUUCGAUUAUACAGGCUGCGUCACAUUAAAAGUGUAAAAGACCUUUAAACAAAAACUAAUCAUCGCGAUUAAUCUUUUCUUUUUUUUUAAUCACAAUAACAUGAAUUUUAACAGCGGUGUGUAAAUUUAAGACUCUCACAAGAGUUUAUUCUGCUCAUUCCUAAUACAAGAUUUUCGUGCUGGAAUUAUGGGUAAAAAAAACAAAGAUGGGAGUUUGUAACAGUGACCCAGCUUUGCCGCCCAGUAUCCCGGUCUGGAUCGCUUUCUGCCGAUGAAUACAGAUGGAGGUGGAUUCUGAAGCGUCGCUGAAAAAGUCUUCUACCUCUGCUCACACGGGAUUUCUGCUUUCCCACUCGUUUCGGUGCAAGUGGAGUCACAGCAUUGAGAUAAACGAGCAUUGGAGACCGGCAGCGACCAAACGAUAAUGAAUGAAAGGUCCAAAGUUCCACAGAGAUGCAGCUCAGCGCUGCAUCUCAUCGUUACAUGCCUGGAAACGGAUUAGCCUAUAGCUGGACUCGAGGUCCAAGUUCGAUGGACAAACGGUGUUUCCCUGAUUUUGACUGAUACUCAUUCUUAGAAUUUUGAGAUGCAUUUUAAGCCAUAAAGGACGAUGUAAGGUGAAAGCGGGGUCAUCAUGCUGGUCAGCUGGGGCAGUUUGUUGCAUUUGCACUCAAAUCAUUAAUCCCAAAGCUCCUUUGUCUUACGUGUACUCUUCCUCCAGUGUGUUUAGAUUUUUUUUUUUUAUGUGUGUGGAGCAAUGCAUUACAUUUGCCUUCCUGUAAUGUGCCUAAACCUCAAUGACGAGAAGUAUUAAUUUUUUUUGUUUUUUUGCCUUUCAUAUGAAACAUAUUCAAGCCUGAAAAAUCAAUAAAAUACUCACUGCUUUAUA